AUGGCGGCAGCAGCACAACAAUACUAUGAGCUCUAUCGCGGGAGUAGCAUCGGCGCCUCGCUCAUUGACACUAUCGAUGAUUUGAUCAAUGAUGGCCGGAUUGAACCCCAGCUGGCAAUGAAGAUUCUAGCCAAUUUCGACCGCGCGAUAGCCGACAACCUCGCUGAGAAGGUCAAAUCCAGACUCACAUUCAAGGGUCAUUUGGAAACAUAUCGAUUCUGCGACGAUGUCUGGACUUUCCUGGUCAAGAACGUCAAGUUCAAGAGCGAUGGAGGGCAGGAGUUCCAGGCCGACAAGGUCAAAAUUGUCAGCUGCAACUCUAAGAAACCCGGAGAGGCCUGA